ACAUAACGUUAGCGAGCAAGCGCUGGGUGUAGCUGUAGCUGCAUUCAGUCUGCCGUAAUGACGACAAUGAUGGUGUAUCUCCUCAGUCCUCUGGAGAAUCUGAAGACCUACAUCAGUAACCGUCCCCCCCUGGUCAUCUUUAUGGUCAGUGUCAGUACUGUGGCCAUCGCCUUCCUCACUAUUGGCUACUUUUUUAAGAUCAAGGAGAUCAAAUCCCCGGAGAUGACAGAGGACUGGAACACUUUCCUGCUGCGCUUCAACGAGCUGGACUUCUGCAUCUCGGAGAACGAGACCCUGAAGCACGGCCUGAACGAGUCCACCACCCCCGAGAGCACGGUGACCAGCGGCCAGGCCCGCGUCAGCACGCAGGCCCCGCCCCUGCUGGAGGACCCCGGGCCAAUCAACAUCUCCGUCCCCAUCACCCUCACCCUGGACCCCCUGCGGCCAUUCGGGGGCUAUUCCCGCAACAUAACCCACCUGUACGCCACAGUGCUGGGGCAGCAGGUUGGUCUGGCCGGAAGGGAAGCUCAUGAGGAGGUGAACAUCACCUUCACCCUGCCUGCAUCCUGGAACUCGGACGACUGCAUCCUGCACGGCCACUGUGAGCAGGUGGUGUUCAGCACCUGUAUGACCAUCACCGCAGCCAGCAAUGUCUUCCCUGUCACAGUGCAGCCGCCUCACUGCGUUCCGGAGACGUACACCAACGCCACGUCCUGGUACAAGAUCUUCACCACCGCCAGGGACUCGGACACCAAAUACACGCAGGAGUACAAUCCCUUUUGGUGUUACAAAGGAGCCAUCGGGAAGGUGUACCACGCGCUCAACCCCAAGCUCACGGUCAUUGUACCUGAUGAUGAUCGCUCACUUAUAAACCUACACCUCAUGCACACCAGCUACUUCCUGUUUGUGAUGGUGAUCACAAUGUUCUGCUAUGCAGUCAUCAAAGGGAGGCCAGGGAAAGUACGGCAAAUCAGUGCUGACUUCUGCCCGGAAAAGGUGGCCUUGUCUGAAGCAUAAGAAGAGUUGAACUCAGUAAAUUAACUGAACUUUAAUUGAAAAAGGAAAAACAAACUUUGAUUUUACUAGUUGCCUACUGAACCCAGAAAAGGGUGCAAAGCUCUGUGAAAUGCAUUUCUCUGCAAUGUUGGGUCACUCCAACCAAAGACAUUUUAAGUGCCUGUGUCUACUGUGUAAAUAUUUGUAGGAUUCUUUAAUUCAGUACGGAAGCAGUCAACCCGAGCCCUCGUGCCACCCGUGAAGUGGCGGAGGAGAGGCGAAGCGGAUGAAUGGGGAAUUGCACUUGAACCCAGCGUCGUCCCGACUCCCUUGGUUGGUUGUUGCAUCCCCCAAAAAUCUAGGAGACUCCCUGUCCUGUCUGCCUGAAGCCAUGUCUUCUGCAUUGUAAAAAAGCAGUGCGUUGGUUCCUUGAAGACAACUGCCUGAAAUGAUGCCGUCACGCUUGGCUCAGACUUCGCUCUGUCCCCACCCCCCUGCAUUAUUUGUCCAGAUUUUUCUCCCUUCCGUCCCUCUUUGUCGAAAGUGCUAAAAAUGGCUUACCUCUCGAUGUUGUUUGAAUGAAGUAAGGAAACCCGGCAGACUGAAGUCUCCUUCGCUGGCUGACGCCCGUGGAGGCUGCAGAGGGACCUUGGGGGGGUGUUGGCUGACUCGUCCCACAACGGGUUGUCCCGCAUGGCCAAGCUAAACACAUGAAAUACAGAAACCCAACCCAGCCACACAAACCCAUUUCCUCUACGCCUAGAACGUGCUUCUUCCCCCCCACCCGUACAAGAGCUUUGUUUCACCUCUCAGACGCACUCUCAUUCCCUCGCUCCAGUUCUUUUCACUCGUGCAUUCUUCCAAAUAAUAAUUGUGUGCUGUGCAAAUUCAAGCUUGUGUGAGGGAACUCUUGUUGCAUCCACUGGGAAAUGAUUGCAAGGUGUGAACAGUAAAUUUUCCUUUGUGCAUACAUGUGUGCAUGUGAGCUUGCUAAUGCCCGAUUAAGAGUUGUAUACACAUUUUAUUGUGGGUUUUAUGAUUAGCAUUUAAUAUUGUUUUUACACAUAUGAAGAAUCAUCCCUUUUCAUGUUUUGUUUGUGCUUGAUUGUGGUGAGAUGUGUUUUGUGUGUGAAGUAUAAAGAAGUUCACUGGCGAUGAUUAAUCAGUUUUGAUUUUACCUCUUUUUUUUUUAAACAGGUAUGCUUAAGGAAUUGAAUGUAUUUUUUUACGAUACAGCAACAUUGACUGGCACUCAGUAGUGUAUACCUGUCAAAGUUUUCCAAUCAUUUCCAAUCUGCUUGAAAUGAGGUGUAAUAUUUUAAUUGAUUGUGCUUGAGCUGUUUGCUGCUUAAAAUCUGUCAUGCUCUUUUUCCCCGACCAUUCGCUUGUAAGACUCAACAUAAUGAUACACAUAGCUUUUCAUUCCUUAUUCGGUGUCGGAAAAAAAAAAAAAUAGUCAGAAAUUUUUAAAAGCAAGAGAUGUAAGUGCCUGCAGGCAGACUUACAGCUAUCACAUUAUAGAGUGUAACUCAAAUGUAUAGGCUUGUUUUCAAUACCCUUAAAUAAUAGCAGUAUUUUGAGACAUUUUGAAAUGAAUCUUCAAGCUUUUAAUUUUGCUGGCUUCGCACCUCAUUUGGUUCAUAUCACUGUGGUUAAAUAAUUCAGCUUCUGUCAGUGUACAUAGCAAUUUUUGUAUCCACACCUAAUAAGCCAAGUUGUUUAACUGGUGAUGGACAUGUCAUUUUACUUGUUGAUGACGAUAUUAUUUUCAUAAUCAAUCUUUUGAGGAUGAGAGAACUUUUAGAAAUAAAACAGCUGUAGUUUUCAUCAAAGGACUUGAGUGGUGUCAAGUGUUCAUAAUGUGAACGUAGAGGCAUCUACACAGCUUGGAGGGGCCACAGCCAUCGGCUGCUUCUCUUGCUUUCAGUCAAGUUGCACAGCACCUUCAAACCAUUGGCCUUUAUGUUUUUUUUGUAUUGCUUUGUAGUUUCAGUUUUAUUGCAAUGGACCAUAUUACAGAUUGCCUUAACAUGAAAUACUUUUAUUUUUUAAGGCACUGUGUUUUUUUCUUUCCACUGUUGAUUUAGCUUCUUCCGUAUAUCUGUUUGACAUGUGUAUAUCGUGAAACCGAUUGUUAUACUGGGUUUUUAUUUUAGGUGGGCCAAAGAUGACGGGUCACAUGUCUUCUGCUAUUUACACGUGCUAGAGCCAGACAGCCUCUUCCCAUAUGUCACCCAAAAUUAUAAAUGCCAGGUCAUCUCAGUUCCCUCAAAAUAACCCUGGGUUUUUUCUUCACAUCUUGACCUUUAAUGUAUCAGCCGUGGUGCAGCUAAUUUGGUCACAUGGUCAUUUUUAAAUUUUUUUGGUCACACUUGAGGGCAGUUCGUUUAUUCAGCCAGUGAAAAUGCAGUUUCGGGUUAUCACUUACGUCUUCAUGAAGCCUAUCAAAAGAUUACACACAGGCCUUUGAAUUCUGAAUAAUUGAUUUGAGCUUUGAAAGCUGGGGCAGCGAUGAUAACCUGUGCAUGUGUAUGCAUCUGUAGGGUGUUUUACUACUGGAGAGCACACACUGUUAAUUGUGUGUUGACAUGGUGACUCUUAUAAGCUGAGUGCCAACUGUUGGCCACCAUUCAUUUCCCGAGGGAAACCAUCACUUCUGUGCUUUUUGCACUGGCCCCCCCAUCUUAUCCCUGUAAAUAGUUAGGAAUGUGAUGAACAUUUAGAGUGUCAAAAACCUUUUUUUUUCUUUUUUUUAAUGCAAAAUGGUUGUCAAAGUGAACAAGCUCUUGCAGUACUUGUUAGCAGUAUUUGUUCAGUUUUCCUUCUGUUGUCUUUAAGUGAAAUGUCUUACUUCUGGUAAUUUAAGACGGCAACAUUGUUCGAAUGCUACCCAGGCUAGGUUGAGUGGAUAUUUGUUAAUCAUUUUACUUUGUUGUUGAUGCUUACGUCAUCAUUUAAUGCAGCAGUGCCUCUGUCUGGGUGGCUUUUUUGGCAGUAGCUACAGUACAUCACCUAACUCAAGUCUUAGCAUAGUAUGACAAUGUGUUUUACAGUGAUAUAGAAGAAGUUGUUACAAAGAUCAGUUUGUACAUUCGUAGCUGAGGCAGCUGUCCAAAAGUGCAAGUAAUAAGGUAUUAUUUCAUGGCCAUUGUGAUACAGGAUUUAAUUAUAUCUUUCAGCCAACCUAAAAUCAUCAAUUGGAAGACUAUAAUUUCAGGAUUGUCCACUGGGACAAGUUUUCACAUUGAAAAUCCACAAUAAAUCAGCAUAUUUAAAAAAAAGAAA